UUUCCCGGUGACCGGUUAAAUUUUAUAAAUAUAAUUUCAUAUUUUGCAAGAAAUAUUUCGUAAUAAAGUGUGUCACUUCAAAAAUACCGCUAGUACGUGUCCGAAACCACAGAAUAACAAUUUAUUAUCAAUAUCAUUAAUAUAACUGACCCAGAAAAUCGAUUUUAUCCUAUAAACUUCUCUAUAGACGGAUCAAAAAAAAUAUGCAAAAGAUUCAACAGCUGAAUCGCAGAAUCAAAAUAAACAAGAGCAAAGUUUCGUGUCUUUCGUGUUUAGUUCACUUCGUGUGAAAAUCCACACUUUCAUAUAUAAUACCUUAAGCUACAUAUCUAUUGCUAUAUUAUAAACCUGGGGAAAUCACCCAAGAACUUUGAGUUUCAAGAGAUUUCGUCACAUCUAUCGGCAAUUUACGUCAUUGAGCACAUUGAGCAGAGCGAAAGCUUCAACUUCCGCACAUAUGUAUUUCUGAAUUGUGACGCGACGCAAACGUUUAAUCCAACCAAAAAUAAGCUACAAAGUCCAAAGCUUUGUAAGCUACAAAACAACAUAAAACACGAACAACAAGUAAGAGAUACGAGAUACGAGUGUAGUUAAAACAGGAGAGAGAGAAAAGAAAAAAGAAAGAAAGAAAAAGUAUCUCUAGAUUCUAUACUUCGGUCGGAUGUGUACUGUGUGUAGUGAUUUUAUUGUAUCUCAAUCUUCGGACGUGCAUAAAAUUCGCUGAUUUUUAUUUUGGUCAAAUCAAUUUUUCUUGCAAGUUGAAGUUGAAGUGUUUAGAACUUAGAACAUAGUUAGAAAGACUUCGUCAAGUAGAAUAUAUGGAUGUUGUUGGAAGUAUCCUCAAAGAUUAAGUCUCCUAGAAAGUAUCUGUCCGAAAAUCUAUACAUAUCUACAAUCAGCUGUUCGCACCGCGCCGCGAGAAUCUUAGAAACGAUCGUGGAUAAAAUAAGACUAAGAAAACGGCAACACUUUGUUUAUAUAGCGCGAAUCAACAACAACAACAACAAAAACAAGAAAAAGACGACCUACUUAUUCUUUGUUCUCGUGUAAAUUUAAAGAGAAAUUCUUUCUUAUACUUAGCUUAGUGUCUUUCUACUGAAUAUUGAUAUUUUUAAUAUUUUCAAAUUUAUUUACGAAAUAAAAAUAUAAACAAAAAUUAAAAAAGUAUUUGUUUAGAGUUUUAUACCACGAAGUAAUGAUUAAUUACAAAUUUAAUCACAUCAUCCCCAUAACUAGUGAACAAAAUUAUAACGAACAGUUUUUAAUAAUAACACAUAUCGUUGAAUCAAUACAAAUAACUCAGUUAGUGUAUCUUUUGAUAAAGAAUAUUCUCAAAACUCUUAUUGAUUUCACUUAAAAUAAUUUUCAAUAUUAUUGUCCAUUGUGUUUUUUGAAUUUAAAACAAAGAGAACAAACGAGAUAACACACUUUCCAAACAGUCCGAAAAGGAGAUACGAAUAAAACAAAAGAAAAACAUAAACCUAAACGAAAUUCGAAUACCAUAUAUAAAAAAUAAAUAUAAAGAAUAAGAAAAAUAAACAAUUAUACGGUUAUAUUGGCAUAAUGAAUAUCAAUAGUCCGAUAUUUGUGCCAUUGGGCCAUGUAUCGGGUCAGGUCUCCGUUCCUGUCCCGGUUCCAGUUACAGUUCCAGUUCCACAUCAAUCAUCAUUGGGACAAUCGGUUUUUGUAAUGUACGAUGUGCCUGGUCCUCAUCAGAACUCUCAAGCUGUCUUAUCAGCAUCGACUGCAGCAAGGCCGUAUCAGCAGUUUACAAACCCGCCUCCACCACAGCAGCAAUAUCGAAACACUUAUCAGAAUCAACAUUUCCGACAACACGAACAACGUACGCGAUAUUUUCAGCGAAUGCAAAACAAUAGUGCAGCGUUGAUGAGUCAAAUUUCAAGUUCCCCUUCGGCUUCUGGUUCAUAUCAGCAUCAGUUUGUCCAGAGUCAGCAAUUCUUUCAGCGUCAAACCCAGCAGCGUCCUUUAAUUACAAAGGAAGAAGUCGAGUAUAUGUUAUGCAUGCAGCGUAGAUACCGUAAGGUCAAUACUGUACAAAUGCAAGUGGACGAUGAACAAAAUGACACUUUGCAACGUGAUCGUAGUAAGGCAAGUCAUUCUACACAACGCAAAAACGAAAAGGACACAAAACAUGAUAAUAAUAGUAAUAAAACUGAUGGGUUAUUGACAAGUAAAUGUCAAAAACAUAAAUCAGUUAAAAAUGUUCAAAAGCAAAAUAGAAAUCAAAAAUUACAUCAUCAUCAUCAUCAUUCGGAAAAUAAUCAUAAUAAUAAUUAUCAAAAGAAAACAACAUCAACAACACGAGCAAAUGACAAGGAAUUUGACACAUUAUUGACAACUAAAUUAAAUGGAAUAAGGGAUAUGAAUUUUACCAGUAAUGGUGAAUAUUUUGCUUCAGGAACAGAAGAAUCAAUAAUAAAUCGUCAUAAUCCCACUCACAGAAACAGUACAGCAAGUGAUGUAGCUAGUACAAGUGAUGAAGUUAAUUCAGUGAGUAGUCAUGAAGACCUCUCCGAUACUUAUGAUUUGGUAAAAGUGAAUAAGAAAACUGCCCGAGCUAGACGCAAUCGCAAACAGCGUCGUCAACAGCAGCAACAAUUACAAGAACAACAAUCACUGCCAGAUCAACAACAGCAGCAGCAAACACAACAACAACAAACACACCAACAACAACAAUCAGCAUCGACACAUCAAAAGAAACAAAAUAAAAACAUUUCAAAUUCGUCAUCUUCGAUAGCAUCAUCUUCGUCGUUGUCAUUGUCGUCAUCAUCAUCAUUGUCGUCGUCACCACCAUCGACACCAAACAGCUUAUUUCAGCAACAAAAACUCAGCAAAUCUUCUCGAAGAAAUGGCAAGAACAACAACAACAACCACAACACUGCCACAGCACAACAACACCCACUAUCGAAAACUGCCAAGAAUCUUUUGCACUGCUCCGAAACACCAUCUUCGUCGGCAACAAAUUCGGUUUCUUCAUCACCUACUGCCUCACCAAAAGCCAAAAGGAUCGGAAAAAUUCGUCAUCUAUUUGAAUCUCCCCUCAGUUUGGUGGAUGUUUUGUCGGAAUAUGAAAUUGCCAGUUAUUUGCGUCAGUAUGUUCCUGAUGCUAAAAAGCUGAGAAAUUUUGGUUAUCCCGUUGAGAGCACUGUUUACGAGGGAUGCAUUGAGAUCUAUAAAAGUGUGCCGAGCUUUUUCCCACCACGUGCCACUGCUACAACAAGACAUCAUCAUCCAGUAGGUGUGGUGAAUUCCACCGAUGGUCUUAGGAGUUUCACCUCUCCCAAUCGCAAACUGUCAUCGGGAGACAGUGGCAAGGGCAGUGGGACAUCAACUCCAUUGUCAUACAAUGCCAGCCCAGCUGACAGUGACUACUCAGAGGAAGAGAAUACCGCUGAUAUGAUAUACUCACAGGUGGUCGAGAAGAAUUGUGUGCGCUGCAGAAAACCAUUUAAAGUCACCACCAGUGGUGAGUUCAUUACUCGAGAACCAUGCAACUAUCACUGGGGAAAGCAAGAAGCUGGUGAAUACAUGGACGAAAAGGGUGAUUCAACAUCAAUCACUUUCUUUUCGUGUUGCAAGAAGGUGCCACCAGAGCCGUGCACACAAAACCACGUACAUGUCUGGACAGACAUUACAUCGGGCCUUAACGGACCCUACACAGACUUUGUGCACACGGAGCCUAGGCGUCGUCUGAGCAAAAUCGGCUCAACAGACGACGACGUCAAGAUAUACGCUCUUGACUGUGAAAUGUCGUACACCGGCUUCGGCAUGGAAGUGACAAAAGUCACUGUAGUCUCAUACAACGGAACUCCCGUCUACGAAAGUAUUGUCCAUCCCAGAUCUGAGGUCGGCGAUUACAAUACUCGAUUCUCGGGGGUUAGUGAAAAAGAUUUCGCACCCGGAAGCGAAGCAAGAACACUCGAAACAGUACAAAAUGAUUUGCUUGAUCUCAUUGAUGCCGACGAUAUACUUAUCGGGCAUGCGCUUGAAAACGACCUUAGAUCCCUCCGGAUAGUGCACAAGCGCAUUGUCGACACUGCUAUCAUAUAUCCACAUCCAAAUGGUUUUCCCUUCAGACGCGGAUUGAAGAGCAUAGUUACCGCUGAACUAGGCCGCGAAAUACAAGUCGACGAAGCCGGCCAUAGUAGCUUAGAAGAUAGCUUGGCAUGUCUCGAACUGAUGCUCUUAAAGGUGCGUUCCGAUUGGCGAGCCAAAUCCACUAAAAAGGCAAAAUCCGAAACGCAGCCUAUUAUUCCCAAGUCCGAACAGUUUGUGGUGAUCUCCCAACAUCAAUCCGCUCUGAAAGCGUAGAGAGUGCAAUCAAGCCAAACAUAAUGCUUCGCAACUACGAGCUUGCUUUGUUUGUAAGGCUUAAAACAAAACAUAUUUUUUUAUAAAUUACUGUUUCAUUUUGAUAGAAGAAAGAAAAACAAAAACAAAUAUAAAUAUUUUAAAACAAAAUUGUUAUAGGGUAAAAAUAUUGUAAAUUCGUUCGAUCUUUACAAAAGUAAAAUUUAAAACAAAACAAAAACACCUUACCAUAAAAAAAAAACACAAGCAAAACAAAUAAUUAAGUGGAAAUCUAUUAAAUAUACCUACAAAACAAAAAUGGAGCGGAAUUUUAAAAAAAUAUAUAUAUAACGAACUGAUUUAUUGCUGUGAUUUUCUCUUUUUCUCAUUUUUAAUAUAAAACAAAAAUAUAAACAAAAAAUAUCUAAAACAGACAUUUUUGUAUUUUCCACAAUAUCAUUUUUUGUAUAUCAGUUAAAAAAAUUAUUUAAAAAAAAAUAAAAACAAAAAAUAUGUCCACUCCAUAAUUUAUCGUGUGAUGAAGAAAAUUCUUCAUUUGUCCAUAAUAUUUUUUUUUUUAUUUUAUUUAACACUUUUAUAAUAUUUAUUGAAAGCAAACAAAACUUACUGAACUAAAAAUCAUCUACCAUCAUCGCAUCAUCAUAUUUUACAUUUAUUUUGUUGUUGAUAAAAAUAAAAAUUCUUUAUAUCUUUACAUACAUUUAAUUUUAAUUAAAAAACAAAAUAUACAAACUAAGUUUUAAGAUUAGAAAAUAAGACACAAAAAAAUAUAAACAAUGUUUUUAAUGUAAUGUAAAACAAUAAAAUUAAAACAAUGCAAACUUUUUUUUGUCAAUUUUUAGGUUUGUUCCUAAUUUGUACAGAGAAAUGUAAUUAAUAAUAUUAUUUAAAAACAACAAUUAGUUGACUUGAAAGAAAUGAAAAGAAAUAUUUUGUUUUAAAGCAUUUAGUCAAGCAGUUUAUAUAAGUAGUACCUUUUGUAUUUGCAAAAACAAAUUUUUGGCAAACAUUUUACAAUAUAAAAUAUGUUUGUAUGUUUUUUGAUGAAUAACAAUAACAAUAAUUUAAUGCUAUACAAGAACACACGAAAGUUAAACUGAGAAAUGAUGAAGUGAAGUGAAGUUUCUGAAACUGAUCGGAAGAGAAUAAAAAUGCUACUUUAUUUUUUUACAAAACAAA